UUUCAACCCUGAUGACAAAAGCUAUCGACACUGUGUGGCGUCGUACUUGAGAUCUGUGAUUUAUAAAUGUGUAUGGUUAUAUUUGCUCCGAUUUUUGCCAUCUGUGCUUUUGCAACAUGUGGAGGAUACUAUGGUCGUCUCCAGGUUAAAGUGGACUGUGCAGGCAGGAGGCAGAGUAACCUCAGCAUCAACAUUGAUUUUGGAUAUCCUUUCAGAUUAAAAGAUGUGCAUUUUAAUGCUCCAUUGUGUGAGGCAGAGAGGGAAGAGAUUAUUUUCUUGCAUGGCGACUUUUCCUCCGCUUCUCAGUUUUUCCUGACUGUGGGGGUUUUUGCUUUCCUGUACUCUCUGCUGGCAACCAUUGUCUAUGUCUUCUACCAGAACAACUAUUUGAAGAACAACAGAGGCCCUCUCGUGGAUUUCGUUGUUACUUCCAUCUUCUCCUGCAUGUGGCUCGUGAGCAGUUGCUGUUGGGCCAAAUCUCUUUCUGACAUCAAGACAGCCACAAACCCAACACAGGUUCUCCUGCUCAUUUCAGCCUGCAGAGCUCAUGAGAACAAAUGCACAGCCACCCAGGAGCCUCUCUGGUCACGACCUAACACAUCUGUGGUUUUUGGUUUUGUAAAUGUCAUCCUCUGGGUAGGCAAUAUUUGGUUUGUCUUCAAAGAGACAGGCUGGUACAAGACAGGUCAGAGAUAUCCAACAAGGAGUGCUUCUGGGAAACGCAACUGUGAAAUGAGACAGCGUCUCUACAGUGAGAGCAGCUUCGAGCAGCCGGAUGAGGGUUUCGGUCCCCAACUCUCCAGACAAGGCAGUGUCAAUCAGCAGGUCAACAGACAAGUUAGCUUCAACGAGUCCCAAGUAAGCUUGACUUUACCGCACGCAUAUCUUGGCAAACCAGUAGUUUAUGAUAGGGACAGUAAAGUGGCGUCUCAAGGGCCGAUGAUAUUUGUCAAUGAGAUGUGAUUGUUAAUUGGUACAAUGCUCCAUGUUGAGAACCAGACAGGGAAAUGAUUCUUAACUUGGGAUAAAAUGAAAACACCGAUGGUAUCGUUUUGAAAAAUGUGGUCUUCCUAAUGUGAUAACUCACCAUUUUGUGUUUAUAUAUAUAAAUGGAAGUAGAGAGUAUAUAUAUGUAUUUUUAUUAUAAUCAUGUUGGCCCUGCCUAGUGCAACAUUUAGAUAGAUUUAGAUGUUGCAUUUACUUUAAGUAUUGUGUGAUACAAAUUAUUACUUAUGUUGAAUAUGUUUUUUUGAAGUGAUGCAGAGUACAGUGGUAGCACUUUAUCUUUAGGUAAAUAGGCAAAAAAAGAAAGGGUUUUCACAGCAGGGGCUUACAGCUGAGCUAAUGUAUUCAUUCAUUCAUUAUUUUUGUUUCAGUCACGGUACAUAUUUCACAUAACAUUAACUUUGAGAAGUUUGUAGCCCAUGAUGGAAAGGAGCACUUAGGAUCAAAUCUUAUUUUACCUGCACCUUUCUCAAAAUGAGAUGGUCUGUCAUCACAGCUGCCAGAUUGCACGGCAUGCAAGAUAUUCAAGCAAAAAAACUACUUUUCAUAUACUGUAUGAACUGUUCUUUUAGAAUAUGCAACACUUGCUUUUAAAAAUAUAUAUUUGUCUGAUUUGGUUUAGAUUGUGUUGAUAUUGAGAUUUUUCUCUCUGAAUUUAUUACACAUCUUUCUGAUUUUACCUGUGAAUGAAAAACGUUUUUUCUUGUUUUCCUUUUUUGUCUUAAUAUAUUUCUGAAGAUAUUUGGCCCUGUACUUUGUUUAAAGGGUAGCCAGUGUAGAUGCCUAUCUAGGAAAUACAUCUAACCAAAGCACUAGUGUUAUCGCUAUGAAUAUUUGCUGUUUAACUGUAACAUUAUCAAGUGAAUAAUGAGUACUGUUUAGGUUAAGAUUAACAUUAUUGUGUGUGUAUAUCUGUGUAAAUAUAUCUAAAUUCACAUGCUAUUGUUCAAAGAAAUAUAUUCUAAAAUAAUUUGUUGCAUACUACAAAAAAGGAAUUACAUUAAAGAUACAUCAUUUGGAUUUUGAAUAUUGUGCUCAUGUUGCACUGAUACCUUUAUUGUCAUAGUUUCUGCAUUAUACUGAUCCUUACUUUAAUUAAAAAGAGGAGAUAAUCUCUAUAUAAUUCAUAACCUACUGUUCAAAGUGUGUAGAGUAAUGGUGUGUGUGUGUGUGUGUGUGUGUGUGUGUGUGUGUGUGUG